AUGAAUAGUUUGCAUAAUAUUCUUGCGUUUCUUGGGAAAUAUCAAUUGGCUUCGGGUCAAAAUGUUUGUCGUCAUAAGAGCAAGAUUUACUAUCGUGGUGCUUUGAGUCGAUGUAGAACAAUCACUAAUUUGCUUGGUAUGGAAGUCUCCACUUUUCCGAACAGGUAUCUUGGUGUUCAAAUAAUGCCUGGUGCUGUUAAUUAUCGUCACAUUAGCAAUUUGAUUGAUAAGAUUAAGAAUCAACUUGUUGUUUGGAAAGGUAAAAUGCUCUCUUUUCAAGAUAGAAUUGUUCUCAUCAAUUCGGUGAUUGAUAGUUAUUCCAUUCACAAUAUGGCUGUUUAUAAAUGGCCUAUAAAGUUCAUCCGUCAGGUUGAACGUGUGAUUCGUAUCACUAGUUUGGCUGUCACAAACAGGGCGCUUCUCAUGAAAUUAUGGUGGAAUAUCCGUUCUUCUAAUAAGAAAUGGGCACGUUUCCUUUGGUCUAAAUACACUUCUCGGCUUGGUAGACUGAAACAUUAUGGUGUGAAAUCUUCGAUUCUUCCGGGCAUUCGUUUAAUUCACUCCACGGUGGACAAAAAUACCAAGGUGCUUCUUGGAGAUGGAAGAAAUACCUCUCUUUAUUUUGACAUAUGGUAUGGUAAUGAAAGUAUUGCUGACAUGCUAGGUGAAACUGAACGGGACGUUGCAGGGGAUCAUGUGCAGCAUUUGGUGCAACAUUUGGUGCAAGCUGGGGUUGAUUUGAACAAUUUUCCAACGCUGCAAGGAUGGACCGAUUGCAGGGUCUGGAUGCCGGAGAUGAAUGGGAAAUUUUCUGUCUCAUCAGCCAAACAAAUCAUUAAAAACAGUUUGUUUAAACUACAUCCUAACUAUGAUUUUGUGCUAUCUUACAAGGCAGCUAAAGGGCACAGUCGCAUAAUCAAGGAUUUAUGGUUAUUGGCCAACAUGGUGAUUCGUUCUGAGCUUUGGCAGACUCGAAAUAUGGCAUGUUUUCAUAAUGCAGCAGUUAACUUUCAUUUCUUCAAACAACGGACUUUCCAUUUGAUCCAUGAUUACUCUGUUAGGCUGAAGAGUUUCAUGCACAAUACGUCGUCAGACCUAGAGAUUUUAACUUGUUUUGGAGUGCGGCAUAGGCAGGUUAAACUUGUGCAGCCUAUUAAAUGUAACUGGAGUCCUCCAAACAGGGAUGAGCUCUUAUUGUGCUGCGAUGGUGCUGCCAAAGGAAACCCUGGCAGAGCGGGAGCUGGUGUUGUUGUUCGGGAUGCGGACUGCAAUUUUAUGGGGGCUAUGAGCAUUGGUUUGGGGAGAACGAACAACUUCUUGGCGGAGCUGUAUGGUAUUAUCGUGGGUCUAGAAUGGGCUGUGAAGUGA